CUUCCUUCCUAGAGCUGACUGUGUCAGACCCUCCCACCUCAUUAAAUACCUGUUACCUGAAAGUUGGGAGGUAAAGUAACUUGAAACCGGCCUCCUCCAGGCCGUCUCCAGACUAUGACAUUUACAUUCCGUAGAAAGUCUGCAGCAAGGCGGAAGAAGGAGCUCUUGUCCUGAUUCAGCUGAGAGGACUUGUAUGCUUGUGAUACACAACUUAUUUUUGGUUUAUUUUUUUUUCUGUGACACGUUGGCCGUCUCCUUUUUCUUUUGUUGUUUUCCCUUUUCUUGGUUUUUAAUGAGUGGCGUGCUGAAGCCGGAGGUGAACAGAGAAGUCUUUUCACAACUGUCAAGCCGGGUCAUUGCUCAAAAAACUCUGUCAUAUGUAUGUGAUUAAGCUGCCAAGCAACUAGUGAGCUCCCGUAUGAAAAGCAGGAAGCUGGAAUCUGCAGGCUACUACGCUACACCACGGACAGUUGACAGGCCAGGCUUUAUUUUUAUUCCUCACUUGUGAUUUUUCUAUGGUGUGACUUUGUGGAGACAUAUUUUAUAGAAUAUUUUUUAAAUCCUCAUUCCUAGUGUGUUGCGAAGACACCUCUCCUUGGAUUUAAAUGGCUGUUUUGUACGCUCUCAUUCAGAAGAUCUGCUGAUCCUGAGGUUUUUCCCCUUUUUUUUUUUUUUUUAAACUUUGUUGUCCUGUGGACAUGGAAGGGAAAGACAGCAUUACUAAAGAGCCAAAUUCUCCAGCAAUUCCAACUGCAAAUUCACUGAGCAGUUCUUCACCAUCUGUGCUCAGUAAAUUUUCCAUUAGGUCUUUUUUUGGAAUCACUACAAAGUUGGAAAAUACGAAGCCCAAAGAGGAAAGUGCUGUUCUCAAAGCAUUUCGCUCACUAGGAAAUAAAGCAGAAGAGCAGACUAACCAACUGGACGAGGUUGAGGCUGAAAAUGGUGACCUCAUAAGGCAAACAGACACCGUUGUGGAUGGUGCAGAGAAAGCGAAGGAGUUAACAGAACAAAUUGAAGAUGAACAAAUUAGCCAGGAAGCACAAAUUACAAGUGAAGGGGAUUUACACCUUGAGGAGGAUUCACAAGUCUCCAGAGAACAAGGUAAAAGUGACGACUCUGAGGAGGAAAACAAUGAGCUUCAUCCACAAAUAGAUAACCUGGGAGGGACAGAAGCUCAGGUUUUACAAGAGCAAGAGGAUGAAAAGAAGGGAGUGUACACAAAGCGUCUGAAAGCUUCAGACAUUUGCGAGGAUGCCAAGUCUGAGAUGCUCUCCACAUCAGACUCUGCACUAGCCGAAACGGACCAGGAUGGUAUGCUGGUACAUGGUACUCUAGUUCACAUCUCAAGUGAUUCAGAGUCUGACGGUGAAGGCUCCAAGCAAGAUACAUGCCAAAAAGAAACAAAGACUUCUAUGUCAAAGCUUUUAUCUGAUUCUCAAGUAUCAUUGAACAAUGGCCCCAAGCAGGAAUCAGAAUUGCAAAAGAAUGAAGGUACUACCGUUAGCAUAGAGGGAGAGGGCCAGCCUGAGCUGGACCUAAACAGGCCAGAAAAUGAAGGGACCACUAUGGAUCAGAAGAGGGUUGCUGACGAAAAUAUAGAAGGGAGUAGUCCAGUUUCUCAAACGCCCAUCCCUGUUGCCAAUACUCCAGAUGAGAAGCCAUUCCAGGUCCCUGCCUUUUUUAGUGGUUUUCAUGUGCACAAAAAGGGGACCUCUACAGAUGACCGAGAAACAAUUGAGGUGAAACAAGGCGAUAGUGACUUGGCUUUGCUAAAACUUUCCCAACCUGUGCAAAAAUCCAAACUUCCAAACGGGGCUGCGAUCCGGAAAAAGGAAGUUAAGUCACCAGUGGAGCCUAAAGCAAGUUCCAAAUUCAUGGAGCAACUUUCCCAGCUGCUCAACUUUGACUUGCCAAAGCAAGACGAGAAGGAAGAAGAUUCACUUCCAGGUCAAACUGAUAAUGGUGGCCAAGACACUCCUGUUACAGAGGAGAAGCCCGAGUCUGCACUGGAAGCAUUUAAGUCUUUCUUCACAGGUGCUUCAAAGAAGACCGCACCACUCGAGCCUCUUGAUCUAGAGGCUGUGAAGCGGAGGCAAAAGACUGAGAAGGAAUCGUUGAAGUCUAUCUUUGAAAAACCCAAAUCCAUAGAUGCUGACCAGGCUAUUGACAGGAAUCCAGACCAUAGUCCAUCUGACCCAGAGGAUCGAACCCCCGGGAGAUUGCAGGCUGUGUGGCCACCGCCGAAACCAAAGGAUGAGGAGGAGAAAGUGGGUCUGAAAUAUACGGAAGCAGAAUACCAGUCUGCUAUCUUACAGCUGAAGAGGGAGCACAAGGAAGAGUUGGAAAGUCUGAAGUCACAAUUUGAAGUUGAAAUUUUUAAUGUACGAGGAGAACAGGCUGUCCAAGUAACAAGACUGGAGGAAACCAUACAGAACCUACAAGAGGAAUUGGAAAAUAGACAAAAUAGGGGAAAGGGUCAAGUCACGGAUGCUUGUGUUUCAACCGAAGAUGACAACCUACCAAAGACAUUCCGCAAUGUUUAUAUACAGACUGACAGAGACACCUUUCUAAAACCCAGUAAUGAGGAGACCAAAACUCAAAAGAACAACCACAUACUUCCUAAGAAGUUGAACAUCCCAUCACUGAAUCAGAGCCUAGUAAGCCCUACAGAAACUCAGGACCCAUCUUUCAUUGUGCCUCCACCACCUCCCCCCCUUCCCUUUUCCCUGGGAGAUCAGUUCAAACCACCCCCAGCUCCUCCUUUUGCCAGUUCAGAUUCCAUUCCUCCCCCUCCACCUUUGCCUGGUUUUAGACCUCCUGCGCCGCCUCCACUACUUGGCUUUGGGCCCCCACCUCCACCACCAUUACCUAAUUCUGGCCCACCGCCUCCGCCACCACUUCCAGGCUCUGGUCCUCCUCCUCCACCACCACUACCAGGUUCCGGUCCUCCUCCACCUCCACCACCUCCAGGAUCUGGUCCUCCACCACCGCCCCCACCUCCACCACCAUUACCUAAUUCUGGCCCACCGCCUCCGCCACCACUUCCAGGCUCUGGUCCUCCUCCUCCACCACCACUACCAGGUUCCGGUCCUCCUCCACCUCCACCACCUCCAGGAUCUGGUCCUCCACCACCUCCUGGUUUAUUCUUUGGGGGAUUUUUAUCAAGACAAAUACCACCCCGCAAACCCCCAAUAGAGCCUGGUUGUCCCAUGAAGCCUCUUUACUGGACAAGAAUACAGCUUAAGACCAACAGUGCCAAGUCUAACUUGUGGGAUUCGUUGAAGGAGCCACCAAUUGCAGACACCAAAGAAUUUGAAGACCUGUUUUGUAAAGCCAGUGUUCAGCAGAAGAAAAAGCCAUUAUCGGAGUCUUAUGAGAAGAAGACAAAAGCAAGAAAGAUUAUAAAAUUGCUGGAUGGAAAGAGAUCGCAGGCCGUAGGAAUUUUAAUAUCCAGCUUACACCUUGACAUGAAGGACAUUCAGCAAGCUAUCUUGAAUGUAGAUGAUUCGGUUGUGGAUCUAGAAACAUUAGAAGCUUUGUAUGAAAACAGAGCUCAGAAGGAGGAACUAGAAACUAUCAAAAAGCAUUACGAAACCUCUGCAGCAGAAGAUGUGAAGCUGCUAGACAAACCUGAACAGUUCUUGUAUGAGCUUUCUCAGAUACCAAAUUUUACAGAAAGAGCGAAGUGCAUCAUUUUCCAGUCUGUCUUUGAUGAAGGAAUGGGCUCAGUUCAUAAGAAAAUUGACAUGGUCACGCAGACCUGCACAAACUUAUUGGGAAUGGAAGCUGUGAAAGACAUCAUGGGCUUGAUUCUUGCAUUUGGAAACUACAUGAAUGGAGGAAACAGGACACGAGGGCAAGCAGAUGGAUUUGGGCUGGAAAUUCUACCAAAACUAAAAGACGUCAAAAGUAGGGAUAAUGGACUCAGCCUUGUUGAUUAUGUGGUCCGAUAUUAUCUGCGACACUUUGAUAAGGAUGCUGGGACAGAUAAGAGUCUCUUUCCAAUGCCCGAGCCACAAGAUUUCUUCCUGGCUGCACAGGUGAAGUUUGAGGAUGUGGAAAAAGACUUAAGAAAGCUCAAAAAAGAUCUAGAAGUAUGUGAGAAGCAAGCAAAUAUGGUAAUGAGAGAUUCUCCAGAGGAUCAUCUCCAGCCCUUUAAAGACAGAAUCACAGAAUUUAUUCAGAAAGCCAAAGAUGAACAUAAAACUGAAGGAAAUAAUCUAAGCAAAGCACAAAUCAGCUUUGAAGAAACCAUUGGAUUUUUUGGAGCCAAGCCAAGGUCUGGUGAGAAGGAAGUCAAUCCCAAUUCCUUCUUCGUGGUGUGGUACGAAUUCAGCACCGACUUCAAGGCUGUGUGGAAACGAGAGAGCAAAGUUUUCUCCACAGAAAGGCUUCGUCUGGCUCAGGAGUCUGUGACUAAAUUGACUGCAGAAAAGAAAGUGGAAACUAAAAAGAUUAACCCAGCGGCCAGUCUGAAAGAAAAACUACGGCAGAAAGAAGCAAGUGUCACCAACAACUGAGCUAUGACCAUAUGUGUCAAUCGCCGAUAUAAUGAGAUGCCAUGUUGGAAGCUCACAACCUGCCUGACAAAACUGAGACGAAUCCCUCCCGAAGCUAAGACCUCUACUUUUAUACAGACCUACCGUAUAUAUGUAAAUAGACAUCAGUCGUUAACAUGGCCCCUGUCAAGUGUAGGGGCCCUAUAUAGCUCAUGUGUAUAAACUCCCAGUGGGGGAGAAAGAGAAAGCUUUAAAUAGGCAAAUAGGUUUAGUAAAAUAAUCUGGACUGUUUGUAAUCCCAUAUGAAGGAUUAAACCUAUUUGCUAUAAAUUGUUUUAAUUCUGUUCUUUUUUUUAAUGUGCAUAUGUAUAUUCUUGUAUAGAAUAUUUGAGAUAAAUAUAUAAAUCUAAAUCUAUUUAUGUAUGUAAGCAGGAUAAUAUCUGUUAAUAAAUGCUCUCCGUGUGUUCAAUAUAUAGUUGAGUUGUACAGACUUUGCCAGAUGACUGCUCUGUAGCUGGUUCAUGAAGGUUGCAGCCAAGUAUAUAUGUGUUUUGUUUCUGUUCUUCUUUACCCUCAAUAUUCAUUGAGCAGCUAAAAAUCUUGCACUACAUUAAUGUUAUGUUUUAUGUUGCUUUUAUAUUCGUACAUAUGCAGAUGUAGGGAGGUUUAGUGACCUGCCUGUGGACGGGAGGAUAUGUGGCAUCAAUGAGGUGGCUCUUCAUGGCACACAAAGAUACAUUGAACCCCACUGUUGUGCACUAUUUGCCCUUUUUGAAUGACCUUCCCCAAGUUGCAUUCAUUCAGUUUGGAUUGUCUUAUUGCUUUUUCUUAAAGUACAAUAUGGAAUAUUCCACCAAACCUGACUAAUCCUACUCUAACCAAAAGGGUGAAAGUUAGCGGCAAUGUCCACUGUGUCUUCAAGAAUAAGUCAAAGUUGUCAAAAACCAACUGCGGUAUUGUACAUUCUCAUUAGUAGAGAACUCGCUGCUGUCCACUUUCUCAAAAAUGUAUGAAUGCAGCCCCUUGACAUGUUUCAGAAAAACCACAUGCAGCCUCUUUAGGACCUUCUGGCUGCACCGAAACAUGUCGCGGGGGCUGUAUUUAUAAAUCUAUAACUGAGAGACUAUGUCUUUAUAAGAUGGUAAGAAAUUGAGCAGCAUCACUCGUGUAUGUGGUUUGUGGCAACUUUUAGUUAUCCUUGAUGACACAGUGGGCACAGCCACUAACACUUUUGCUUGUACCCUCUUUAUUAGUUUAGGAUUUCUGAGGGUUUUAAAGAGAAUUAAAGGCUAUGAACACCUUCGGGGGCAUAUUUUAUUAUUGCAUUUUACUCAUUUUGGGAAUUAAAAAACAAACAAAAAUGCAUUGUUUUCAAUUGGUCUUCAUUAAACAU